CGACAAUAUUCUCAGUGUAUUUGCAACUCUGGCCAUGACAACGGCCGCGAAGCACUCGUUGGCCGCGCUGCUGUCGCCAGCCCAAGACCACGAUGAGUUUGACCAGGACUGUAAGCGCCUCGCCCAACUGAUCAAGACAUCCAAACAUCUCGUGGCAUUCACUGGAGCCGGCAUCUCGACCUCAACAGGUGUGCCCGAUUACCGCGGCGAGAACGGUAUUCGCACGAAGAAGUCGCGACUCGCAGCGUCGUCGUCGAAGUCGCCACCUGUGAUUCCUGAUUUCCAUUCGCUCGUGCCUUCGCCAACCCACAUGGCCCUGUACGAGCUAUAUCGCCUCGGGUACCUCAAGCACAUUGUCUCCCAGAACGUGGACAACCUGCAUCGGAAGAGCGGCAUUCCCCAAGUUCAUUUGACCGAAGUCCACGGCAACGCGACCUUUGCUCGCUGCGACACGUGCGAAAAGGUGUACAAGGACAACUUCCCUCUCAGCGGGCUUUGCAACAGCGACGCAUGUCCAUCCAUGAAGAAACCAGCGAGUGCGCGGCUGGCCAAGCGGACGCGGCACGGCAACGGGCGCUUGAAGCGCUACGUGAUUGGAUUCAACGAGCCCAUGGACGACAUCGAUGUAGCCAUCGACCACUGCGAGGUCGCCGACGUCGCGCUCGUCCUCGGCACGUCGCUGCGCGUGGAGCCGUUUUGCGAAAUGGCGGGCGACUUUGCCAACCACUUGAUCAUUGUAAAUCUGCAAAAGACGCUGCCGCGGCUGGACAAGCGCGCCGAGGACACGGGCGUCCGGUUGUUUGCGUCGUGCGACGUGGUUAUGGCGCGGGUGAUGCAGCAUCUCAUGGAUGGUGAGACAGGGUACGUCAUUCCGCCGUGGACUGGCCAGCACCCGUCGGAAAUCUGUUACUUUGAAGAUGACCACGGCCACACGGCCAUGGUGAAUGUCCUCGCAGGAAGCUCCAAGUCGACGCACUUUCCCAGCGUGUUGGCAUAGUUGCAAAACAGCAUCAUUCAACCAAGAUAUAUGUAUUUUUAAAAAGGGAGUUAUAUAGUCUAGUUCGGGUCACGACGACACAUCUACAUCAAGCAGUGCAAAAGAUGUGGAAGGACGUCAAACUGCACGUGGCCAGACACUAAUCUCGUCGGCGAAGUAUCAAUCG